CUAUCUUAUUCACACAUGUCGUUUGUUAUUUUUGCUGUUCCAGAGUAGUCUGUAAAAGCUAAUACGCGAUGAAUUCGAGUAUCGUCCGCACAGGCUGGACGAAAAAAUCCAUCUCGCUGCUCGUCACGAGGCAUAUGGCAAUUAUGAAAAAGUCCAAACCACUGUCGUCCGAAGUGCUGACUUGUUAUCUCGAGCAGACGAGCGAACCACCCUGGACGUCGUACUUCGUGCGCUACGCCGACGUCCGGAACGACCAGCGCGGCUGGUCGCACUUCAACUGGACGGUGGGCCAGAGCAAUUAUCACGUGCUGCGCACCGGAUGCUUUCCCUACAUCAAGUAUCACUGCAGCAGGAGGCCCAAGAUGGAUCUCAGCUUCGACGACACUUUCUUCAAGGUCAUCAAGAUCAUCAACUUCGGUAUACCGACCUUGAUGUACGGAUUAGCGGCUACUCAGCUAAUUCGGCAUUCUGAAGUUGUCAAGACGCCGAGCGGCGACGUGACUAUUUUUUUCCUACUCCCGGAGGAUAAAGGUGCCUCCCACUAGAAUCGAGCGGAGCAGAGGCAGCAGCACCAGAAGAGGAGAAGAGACGUCUCGAGUGAUCGUAAAAAAGCGAGACGU